UUGUAAUAGUACAGGGAUUACAUAACGAGAGUUAGGAGGUCUGUGAUAACAGAUUUUAAAAAUGUACUAAAUCUCAUCAAAAGGGGCAAAGUUCAGUCUUGAUUUAUUGAAGCUGAAUGGCAAGGGGGCAAGUGAUUAUUAGUUCUGAUUUUAUUUAAAACGCUAUCUUUGGACCUAUUUUUUUUCAACUCGUAAAUUUACAAUUUCGUUUAUUUACCCUACGGCUAUUAAUUAUUCACAGUGCUAUCUAUGGAACGUAAACUCUAUAACAUUCUUCAAUCAAUCGCGGUCGUCUGUUGAACUUCUACUGCAUCAACAAGAAAAGAACCAUAUUACUAAAUAGCGAUACCGCUCUGCUUACUUAUUACAGUAAUUAUUUGAGUCAACUCGUUUAAUACAACGUGAUAAAACAAUGUGGUGGCUCUACACUGCACUAGGAUUCGUAUAUCUGCUACAUUUUACAACAGCGGAGGAACCAAAGAUUGUUAUAAUUGGAGCUGGAGCUUCUGGCAUUGCAGCUGCAUCAAAGCUUUACGAACAUGGUUUUCAAGAUGUGAUCAUUUUAGAAGCUGAGAAUAGAAUUGGUGGACGGGUAUAUACUACAUGGUUCGAUGAAAGCUGGGUUGAUCUUGGAGGUCAAUGGGUUCACGGAGAAACAGGCAAUGCAGCUUUCAAGUUAGCUGCUCCUCUCGAGCUUUUAGAAGCUUCAGGGGAAAAAAAUUGGGUGGAAUUCGACAUUCACAAUUCGAAAGGCGUUCGGUUACCCCUUGACCUCAGCCAAAAUUUAAUGGCAUUGCUCACGAAUGUAUCUGGUGAAGCUAACGAAGCUCUGGCAGGAAAUAAUGGUUCCGUUGCAGAUUUUUUUACAGCAAAAUUCAAUAUCGAGUUGCAAAAAUACCCAACAUUCAAUGAGACCCUUGUGAAGGAGGUGCUGAAAAUGUUUGAGGGUUUGACAAUAGCGACGGACAGUUCAGAUAACUGGACUGAUAUUUCUGCAACAGGCUAUACAGCAUAUCAAGACUACCCUGGAAGUAACAUUGUCAACUGGAAAGACAGGGGAUAUGGAACAAUACUUGACGUAUUAAUGAAAAAAUAUCCAAACCCUGAAGAAGAACUUCCAAUUAUGAACAACACCUUGUUGAAUUCGGAAGUGGUCAACGUUAAUUAUAACGCAACAGACAAAAAGGUUUUGAUUGAAACGAGCAAUGGGCAAAAGUACACAGCAGAUCACGUUAUCGUAACACCAUCAUUAGGCGUACUGAAGGAACAAUACGAAACUUUAUUUACACCGCAAUUACCAGAAUCUAAAGUGAAAACUAUCAAAGGCCUAUCGAUGGGAUCUGCUGCUAAGAUUUAUCUCUCCUUUGAAGCACCAUGGUGGUCUAGUAAUCGUGAUCUAAUUCUUUUGUGGGAUGAAAUGGACAGGCAAGAGUAUGAAAACGAUCCAAGUAAGAAAUGGUUGCUGGAUUUGAUUGGGUUUUUCACGGUAGCCCAUAGACCACGAAUGUUAUGUGCUUGGAUCAACGGAGCAGGAGCUAGAUACAUGGAAGCCUUGCCUGAAAAUCAAGCUUUUAACGAAGCAUUUACUUUGCUCAAUAAGUUUUUUGGAAACUCGUACAAUAUCACAAGACCAACUGCGUAUUUGCGGACUAAUUGGAGUAACAACAAACAUUUCCGAGGAGCGUACAGUUUCAGAAGUGUGGAAUCUCAGAGAUCUGGUGUUUGGGCGAAUGAAUUAGCAGCCCCAUUACUAGUUGAUGGCAAGCCAAUAGUCAUGUUCGCAGGAGAGGCCACCAAUAGUCAACGCUGGGCAAGUGUUGACGGAGCGAUAGACACUGGUUUUCGUGAAGCAGACAGACUCAUCGAGUUAUAUAACACUAAGAAUCCAUCACAAUGAUGGGACAUUUUGGAUGUAGUUUAACGUAAAUGCUUUAGUAAGUUGUGAAAAUUACUGUAUUAUUGAGUAAAAAAGAAAUUUGAUUUGUAUUGUUGAAGAAAAAGCUAAUAUUUGGGCAGGAUAAUUAGCCUCCCACUGGUCAUCGAUGAAAAAUUAGCAUAUAAAACUGGAUUCUAUAAUAAUUAUCGUGCAAGUAUACAUAUAUUUGAAAUGA